GCCGGGAGCCGGCCUACGGCGGGCAGGAAGGGUCGCACCGUUCGCUGUCCCCGCGGCCGCAGCCAUGGCGGCCGGCUCUCCCCCGCCCUUGGAACCCAUCCCGAUGCCGGUGUACCGCGAUGAGGGCUUCGCGGACAAGUUCCGGCGCAAGACGCGCGAGAACCCGCUGGUGCCCCUCGGCUGUCUCUGCACCCUGGGCGUGCUGACCUACGGCCUCAUCAGCUUCAAGAGGGGCAACACGCGCCACUCGCAGCUGAUGAUGCGGGCGCGAGUCAUGGCUCAGGGCUUCACCAUCGCGGCUCUGCUGGGCGGCAUGGUGGCCACCGCCCUCAAGGCCAGGAGCUGAGCGCGAGGAGCGGCACGGCUGGAGGACCGGCGCUGCCUGCGGACGUGAGACGGCUGCGGUGCGUUGGAGCCGGUGUCGGAGAUGCUGCUCGUCACAUAGCGUCGAAGUGUGGCUAAUAUACCUCUGCUGAUAACCUCA